GUCUCGGUGUGGGAACCAGCGCGUCGGGCACCGGGACUGGAGCGGGGGUCCACCCCGGGGCUCGGGCGAGGGGCGGGUGCGACCCGCUGGGUACGAGUAUCUGCUUACCUGGAGUUGAUGAGGCUAAGUCGACGCUGCCGGGAUCCUGUAAGCCUGGAGGUUUUUGAAACAUGAAUCCUUCACUCGUCUUGACUGCCCUUUGCUUGGGAAUAGCCUCAGCAGCUCCAAAAUUUGAUCAAAGCUUAAAUGCACAGUGGUACCAGUGGAAGGCAACGCACAGGAGAUUAUAUGGCAUGAAUGAAGAAGGAUGGAGGAGAGCAGUAUGGGAGAAGAAUAUGAAAAUGAUUGAACUGCAUAAUCGGGAAUAUAGCCAAGGGAAACAUGGCUUCACAAUGGCAAUGAAUGCCUUUGGUGACAUGACCAAUGAAGAAUUCAGGCAGGUGAUGAAUGGCUUUCAAAAGCAGAAGCACAAGAAAGGGAAAAUGUUCCAAGAACCUCUCUUUGCUGAGAUCCCCAAAUCAGUGGACUGGAGAGAGAAAGGCUAUGUAACUCCUGUGAAGAAUCAGGGUCAGUGUGGUUCUUGUUGGGCUUUUAGUGCAACUGGGGCCCUUGAAGGACAGAUGUUCCGGAAAACGGGCAAACUUGUGCCACUGAGUGAGCAAAACCUGGUGGACUGCUCUAGGGCUCAAGGUAACGAGGGCUGCAAUGGUGGCCUCAUGGAUAACGCCUUCCGGUAUGUUAAGGACAAUGGAGGCCUGGACUCAGAGGAAUCUUAUCCAUAUCUUGGAAGGGACACAGAGACCUGCAACUACAAGCCUGAGUGUUCUGCUGCCAAUGACACUGGCUUUGUGGACCUCCCUCAACGGGAGAAGGCCCUAAUGAAAGCAGUGGCAACUCUAGGGCCCAUCUCUGUUGCUAUUGAUGCAGGCCAUCAGUCUUUCCAAUUCUACAAAUCAGGCAUUUAUUUUGAUCCAGACUGCAGCAGCAAAGAUCUAGAUCAUGGUGUUCUGGUGGUUGGCUAUGGCUUUGAAGGAACAGAUUCAAAUAAUAAAUUUUGGAUUGUCAAGAACAGUUGGGGUCCAGAAUGGGGCUGGAAUGGCUAUGUAAAAAUGGCCAAAGACCAGAACAACCACUGUGGAAUUGCCACAGCAGCCAGCUAUCCCACUGUGUGAGCUGAUGGAUCGCAAGAUUAGAGGACUUGAAGGCAGCAUAUCUGGAGGAAUUUUAUCUUAAAGCUGCCCAAACUCUUAUUGUGUAAGAUAAGACACUUGAAUCAUUGAGGAUCCAAGUUGUGAUUUGAAUUCUGUGACAUUUUUAUCAGGGUAAAACAUUACCACUACUUUAAUUACUGUUAUAUAUGGCUUUAUAACGUUGAAGACUCAUUACUUAAUUCUAAGACUUUUGACUUCUCAUUUUUUCAAAAGAUAUAUAAAACUUUGCCUUUUGAAAUAAAUUUUAAUUCAAUAUGUA